AAAUAUAUUCAUUAAAAUUCACCUGACGUGUUUUACAGUGGAUGCUGUUUUAUUAUUCUUCUAAAUAUUUAUACAAGAAUUUUGCGCAACUUGAAUUUCUACUUCAAUUAAAAAAAACAUAAUAGUAUCAUCAAUGCCUGAAACAGAACGACAGAAUUUAACGGAGCAAGAUGGUCUCACGAGUGCUAGCGGCGAUCAGCCUGCAAGUGAACGAGAGGCAUAUUUUCAGGCAUUAAGAUUAUGGAUACAACAAGCACAAAUGUAUCAAAACUUAUCGUCAUGUUUUCCCUACUAUAUGAUGAGUUUACAGGGCAUCCAAAGCAAUCAAACGAAUGUUCCUUUACUAAAUAAUAACUACCAAUUUCAUGGACAACAGUUUCCAUUUCAAGUACCGAUUCCUCCGAGGGCAACCCCUGACGCACAAGCUCCUGUUCCAACAUUAAGUCCUGCUGAAGUUAUUCAAAGGCAUGGUGGCUAUGAGUAUGUUAUUCCUCCGCUAUAUAAAAGGCUCUUAGCUGAGUUUAUAGAUUUCAUGCUGUUGUUUAUUUUAAAGCUCAUAGUUAGCUUCAUAGCUGUGGAUAUGUUUGACAUCAUUGAUUUAGAAAAAUUUGAUAUAAACAAAUUAAGUGAAAACUAUGAUGACUACAAAUAUGCCAUGGAAUUGACAUCAGAAAUUUUGUUACUUGAAAUUAUUUACAGGAUUAUUGUUUGUUUCUUUGAGGCAUACUGUCUGAGUAGCGGUGCUGGCCGUUUGGGAGGUAUGACACCAGGGAAAGGUUUACUUGGUCUCCGUGUGGUCACAGCAUCUGCAGUUGUCCUGGUGGAAGGCCGUCCUAAAGAAACAGUCCUGCUAUAUCCUGGUCGACCACUUACUUUUACUGUAGCAUUGGUACGAUCACUCCUUAAGAAUUUCCUCAUAUCUCUCCUAUUUCCUCUAUGUCUUAUUUUGUUUGUAUUUCGUUUUAACAGGACAGGGUAUGAUUUGUUAUGUGGUGUCAUAGUUGUUGAAGAAAAUUUAUAUCCCCCUAGACGACAUGCCCCAUAACUUUUUCAUGUCUAUUUAAUAAUUAUUGCAUAGGUACAAAUAAUACAUUCUUCAUUUAAAUGUAAUUGAAUGUGAUUUUGAAUUAAUAAAAAUGUAUCAAAAAACAAAAUUAUUAUAGUGACCGUAACAGUUACAGUCGGUUAGGUUUAGUAAGAGAA